AUGAAACUAUCCUUCCACUUGACCUUUGCAAGCUUGCUCUUUUCAAUUUCUUCAUUUGCUGUUGCCAUCUCUGACACAGAAGUUGCUGCUGCAGGAACACGUAAAAGUCUGCAAAACGACUAUGGGUUCCUAGGAUUUACAUACUCCAGUUGUAAAGAUGCUGCUGGAACGCUCGCUGACUUUAAGCUCAUGAAGAGCUUGGGAGCAAGGCAUGUACGAAUGUAUGCCACUUGUGGAAACAAUUGGUUGUCAACACUACUGGACGCGGCAGGCGCUACGGAUCUGGGAGUGGUUGCUAUGAUCUGGUAUGGCUAUGACGACACAAGCAUUGGCAAUGAGCCAGCCCUGGAGAACCAGAUUGUGAAUAUCAUUAAGACUCACAAAUACGGAAACAAUGUAGUUGCUAUUGCUGUGGGCAACGAGGAGUUAUUCGACCACACUAUCACCGCUGACCAGCUCAUUCAGGCCAUGGCGCGAGUGAGGACCAAAUUGCAAGGCUACAAUGUCCCGGUGUCGACCUCGGAAUUGUCUUGCUGUCUACCCACUAACGUUGUGCAAGCAAGCGAUGUAGUCAUGACCAACAUUCUUCCAUACUUUGCAACGGAUGCCACUCAAGGAAAGCACGCUUGGAAGGAUGUGCUCCCUGAUGUCAACAAAUACCGAUCCAUAGAUCCGUCCAAAAAGUUCUUGAUCACAGAGACUUAUUGGGCUUGGAAGCUGAACGAUUGGAAACCCAAUUCUCCUGAUUGUUCUACAAGUCUGCAAGAUAUGGCUGAUUACUGGGCUCUGUUGCAGCACCAUUGCUCAGAUUUUAAAUCUUGGAACGCAGGUUAUUUUGCCUACUGUUUCAACGAGGAUUGUAUGACUGGAUAUGGUAUAACUGACGGUACAAAGGCUCGUAUCCCUUGGACUCCAGCUACCUCGUGUUAG